CCCGCCACCGAGCACUCCAGGACGAAUGGGGAAGGGACUGAAACUCAGGGGGAAAGAUGUUAAGGCUGCAAAGCCCCGAGGGGCAAGCCGACUGACUUCCUAGAGCGCCGACUCCAGGCUGUCACGCCCGCGCGGAACUGACAUGGCGCCCUCCCGGCCGGAGCUUCCGGGCGGCUCCUUCCGACGGCCCCUCGGUGAUUCCGCCACUCAGCUUCCUUCCCGGCCUGCCUCGCGCCGGCCCGCCGGGCUGGGCCAGAGCAGCCAAGAUGGCCGACUUUGAGGAUCGGGUGUCGGAUGAAGAGAAGGUCCGCAUAGCCGCUAAAUUCAUCACCCAUGCACCCCCAGGGGAGUUUAAUGAAGUAUUCAAUGAUGUCCGGCUACUGCUUAAUAAUGACAAUCUUCUCAGGGAAGGGGCAGCACAUGCAUUUGCCCAGUAUAACAUGGAUCAGUUCACACCUGUGAAGAUAGAAGGCUACGAUGACCAGGUCUUAAUUACAGAGCAUGGUGACCUUGGUAACAGCAGAUUUUUAGAUCCAAGAAACAAAAUUUCCUUUAAGUUUGAUCAUUUACGGAAAGAAGCAAGUGACCCGCAGCCAGAGGAUGUGGAUGGAGGCUUGAAGUCUUGGAGGGAAUCGUGUGACAGUGCUCUAAGAGCUUAUGUGAAAGAUCAUUAUUCCAACGGCUUCUGUACUGUUUAUGCUAAAACUAUAGAUGGGCAACAGACCAUUAUUGCAUGUAUUGAAAGCCACCAGUUUCAACCAAAAAACUUCUGGAAUGGUCGCUGGAGAUCAGAGUGGAAGUUCACCAUCACACCACCUUCAGCCCAGGUGGUUGGAGUGCUCAAGAUUCAGGUUCAUUAUUAUGAAGAUGGCAAUGUUCAGUUGGUUAGUCAUAAAGAUGUGCAGGACUCAGUAACUGUUUCUAAUGAAGUCCAAACUGCCAAGGAAUUUAUUAAAAUCAUAGAGAGUGCAGAAAAUGAGUAUCAGACAGCAAUUAGUGAAAAUUAUCAAACUAUGUCAGACACCACGUUCAAGGCCUUGCGCCGGCAGCUUCCAGUUACCCGCACCAAAAUCGACUGGAACAAGAUACUCAGUUACAAGAUUGGCAAAGAAAUGCAGAAUGCUUAAAGGCCGUCUGUAGGAGUCUCCAGUACAUGGAAAGAAAAGGAUUCAACACGGUGUGGUCAUAUGAUGAAUAAGUGAUUUAUAAACAAACAAGAGUGAUAUUUUGCUAGUUAACAAAGUUAACAGAUCUUCUAGCCUCGUGGAAUACUGUUGAACCUACAGCACUGUCUUGAUUCUUUUGUGUGUGUUCUUUGCUUUGUAAUUUUCUGUUAUCAUUCUAUCUACUUGUAAAUCGUUUUGUUUUGUUUUUUUAAUUCUGCUACAUUUAAUGUCAAAGAGAUAUAUCCUGAAGUCAUUUUACUGUUUAGAAAAUUUCCUAGCCAUGCAGUCCUAUGACUGGUUUUUACAGAGUAUCUGUUGAGUACUUUUUACCCUUAUGCUUUAAAGCAUUUCCAGGACUUCAGUGGCUUUUAGUGAUCCACCAAUUGCUAAAGAGGCUAUGCUACCAAGAGCUAAGUGGACAACACACUCCUUCUCUGUCCGACUGCUUUGAUCAUUUACAGCAUCUCGUAAUUGUAGUUUUCAGACAUUUGGAUUGGGGCUUUUGGGGUCCAUGUUGGGAGGCAAAGAAAGUUUCCUGGAAAUUCCAUGGCAGCAGCUUCUCUAGGGUCUUGAUUUUAAAUCCAAAGACUUGAACCACAUCCCCUGCACAUGAAUGUUUGCUUAUUUUCAUUUUCUCAUUGUCUCCUCCCAUCUGGUUCUGUUGUAACCAUGGAUGUCUGUAGAAAGAACAGCCUAGAAAAAGCACUGGGAAACCAGGGUUGUCAAUCCCAUGGGUCUGUUUCCUUCAGUGGAAGGAAAUGAAAGAUGCCUGAUGACUAGAAUGCUUGAGUGGUGUGCUCAGACAACCUGGUGAUCCUAUGCUCUUCUGUUAAGGACCAGCCUCCACCUUAAUCUCUCUCACCCCACCAAUAUUCUGAGCAUUGUUUAAGCCCUAAUACUGACCUUUGACUCUCGGUGAGUAGAACUUAUGCCUAUUCAUAUCCUUCCUCUCUGGGCCCUCGUCCUAAGUGCUGAUUUUCAGUCAGCAGAGUUCAUGUUUAUUGUAAAGGUCACAGGUGCUUGACUACUUUGCAAGGGUCUCUAGAUGUAGCUGGCCCUGAAGCUUUGCUAAAGAGUUGUCACACAGAGACUUUCUCCCGGAGUUCUACUAUGUUUAAAUGUGUGGAAAAAUUAAAACAUAGGGUCAGAGUCCAGAAGUCUUGAUCCAGUCUGACCAAGUCUGGCUAUACCAAGUUUUCAUUCUUAUCCAUCCUGGGUCCACUUUUACUGCCAGUGGCAAUACCUGCAGAAACNCCUCAAUAGAUGUUGGCAUUUUUAGAAGAGUUUUGCCCGUUAGUAUUGCUCUUUCAUAGUUGAGAACUGCUGACAUACUAUCGAUGUAGUAGAAUAUAAAACUUGAAAACACAGACAUUGAAGGAAUCAUAGGUAUCUUUGCUUUAUGCUCUCUGGCAGGAUUGUUCUGUAAGCAGACAAAUAAAUAGCUGUGUCCCUCAGAGCUGGAAUGAACCAAAGUGAAAAGGACAGCUCCCAGGCAGCAUCUGUCNGUAUGUCAGAGUGCUAGUGCUUCCUUCUAAAUAGGAUGUAAAAGUCAUUCCAAGUGAAUCUUUUUCCAUCAUCCUACCUGCCUAGAGCUCAUGUGUAACUGUGAUAUAGCUACCUUCCCAGGUAUAUUGGCAGGUGUGUGUGUGGGUGUGUGUGAUCUCAGAACACACAGGUAAUGUGAUGUGACCUAUGACAACUGGUAACGGUGGAUUCAUUUACAUUGUUUACACUUCUAUGACCAGGCCUUAGGGGAAGGUCAGUUUUUUAAAAACCAAGUAGUGUCUUCCUACCUGUCCCCGAGUACAAGGUAAAACAGAAGGUUGUUGGCUUCCUACCUGUCCCCAAGUACAAGGUAAAACAGAAGGCUGUUGGCUUCAGCUUUCUUUUCUUUUUUUUUUUUUCUUUUUCUUUUUUUUGCUCAGUAAUACAGUCAAGCAGGAGUUUGUUUGCAUAUGAAAGCUGUGUAAGCAUUUUUGUUUAUUUCAAAUAAAAUAUAUUUGUAUUAUUUGUCAUUCAUACUAUCCAUCCAUGCCACACUGUCUUCUGUACCAGGUAGUCCAAUAGAAAUACACCUGUUUUGUUCUAAAA